AUGUCUCAAGCCCCUCAGCAUCUCCCCAAGGCUUUCUCGAACAAAUGCUUAUUCCGCAGACUCUCCUUUCGAGUCGCCGUCGAGCUACUCUCCACCAGGGUCCGGCAGCUUUCCAGGUUUAUCAAUGACCAGGGCCUGGAUAUCCCGCCCAUGCAGCCGGAUGACUCCAAGACUUUGUCGGGUAUUCUCCAAACGUUAGGGCUCCAUGAUGUCCAGCCUGGUGCCAUUCAGGACCAAGCAGACAACGAGAGCAGCACCACGCAGGGCGCACCGCCCGUUCGGGGGUUGGACCAGGGGACCGAGAUCUCUGAGAGCUCGGCAGCAUCAGCCUCGAAUGUGCCUGUCAUACCACCUGCUGAGUGUGCCGCAGGUAGCCCCCUCCGCACAAUGCAAGGCUUGCCUGAGCUCGCCAAUGCGGCCGGCGGCAUAGACGGCAUCAUGCGCACUUCAACAGGUUGGGAUUGGAACACGACGGCUGAAUCUAUGCCGCAAGGACAUGUAAUGCAUCCGGGCUAUGUCCCAAUGGGCCCCAGGCCACCGGGCUUCCCCAGCAGCGCCUCGACUCCAGGCCAACAACAAUCCGUCUCUGGUGGGCUUGGGAGCUCUCCCACGCUGGACAUGGACGAGGCAACCUCCCCCGAGAGCGUCGACGAGCUCGCCGACCAGUUGUCCGAUCGAAUAGGGACUCUUCACAUCAAGCCAGGGGGUCAUAUUCGCUUCUACGGGUCAACAUCAAACUUUAAUCUCUUGGAAACGCCGGCUUCAGACGUCACUAUGAAUGUCCAUCGCACAGUACGGAACGACGGGACGGAGCAUUUGGAUCGUCUUGGGAUUAACAAGACGGUCCCUCCAGAAAUAGAAAACCAUUUAAUGAACCUCUAUUUCACAUGGCAGGACCCGUCAUUUCACGUCGUUGACCGGAAAAUGUUUGAGGACGCAAGAAUAAAAUGGAAUGGUGCAGAGGAUACGUCGUACUACUCUGAGGCCCUCAGGAAUGCCAUCUGCGCUUUGGGAGCCGCCUUCGACCCUAGACACCACCCAACAUUCGUCACGUUCCCUAGGUCGCUCGCCGACUUUUUCGCCGAUAGGGCCAAGGCACUUCUCGAGAUAGAGCUGGAUUCGCCUUGUGUCGCUACUAUUCAGGCCCUCACCCUCUUGAGCGCCCACGACAUAGGGUGCGGAAGGGAUGCUAGAGGUUGGCUCUUCAGCGGUAUGGCAAUGCGGCUGUCAUUCAACCUCGCGCUACACCAGGAUCUGAAGCUCUAUAUAGCUAAAGGUAUAGUGACUGUAGCCGAGGCUGAUCUGCGCCGGACAGUCUUCUGGGCCGCCUUCGUGGUGGAAUAUGUCUGGAGCUUCUACUUGGGCCAGCCGUUCCGCAUGUCCAUGAAAGGUGUCACCCUGGACAAGCCAGGACACAAAAGUCGAUUGACAGCUUCUGGGCACUGGACCCCUUACGCGCAUGCAAAUACACCUCAGUCUUUCACUCCUAUGGUCGACUGCGUAGAAGACGUCUGCAGACAGCAGGUUCUGCUCUUCGAGGCCCUCGCACCUCUAAGUGAUACCUUGUAUGGCAGCGCAACAACGUCGAAGAGCGCUCUACAAGAACUCAGUGUUAAGACUUUUAAACUGCUAUCAGACUGGAAGACAAAUCUCCCAGCUGAGCUGUGCGUGGACCUCGACAAUCGCGAAGCUGUUGACUUGCCGCAUGUUCUCCUGCUUCACAUGCAAUUUUAUCAGAGUCUCAUUUAUGCUCAUCGUCCCUGGAUGUCAAGAACCCAGAGCCAGCCACAGCAAGCGAAGGGUCCGGAUGCUGACCAAGCCCGCAAAGUGUGCAUGGAUUCCGCAAGUGCCAUCGCACAGCUCCUCCGCCUCUACGAAGAGCGGUGGACCCUCCGUAGGAUCAACAUCCAAGCCGUCGCCAUCACGUUCUCCGCCGCACUGCUGCUCGUCUUCGCCACGGUCUCUCAUUAUCAACGGGAGAGAGAAGACGAGAUCCUCGCCGACCUGAGCGCAUGCCUACGGGCGUUGGAUGAGCUCGCACCGUCGUGGGACACCGCCAGGCGAGCCCGCGAUUUCCUCAUCAGGCUGCAGAGACACUGGGAGCGGCAGGCCAGGUCGAGUUCCAAGGCUCUUGGGCGUGACGAUGCCGCGUCCACGCGAGGAAGCUUUAUCAGCUCAAGGAAACGGUCGCGCAUGUCUUUCAGAUCGGCUGAUGAGGAGUGGCCCGUGCGACUUCGCGGCGACACGGCGUCGUCGUUAGGGAGUGAGUAUCUGGCGGACAGCAGCGAGGCGGUCUCCGGGAUGGAUCUUGACUUUGACUGGAUGCUCAGGACGAGCUUGGAGGGUAUGCCGGGGAACUGGGGCAAUGUAUUUUCGGUUCCGUCAGGCCCUGGUCUUCCUCCUUAA